CCAGGGUUUGUGUACAGUUUCCUUACCCUCACAGUGAGUGAACACCAGAAGUUACUCCUCUUGUGAUAUACUCCAACACGUUCAUGAAGAUGAGGGCUCAACGCUGCAUGUCACCAGUGCAAGCCGUUAUGGAUGGCAAAGUCCACAAGGCUCCACCCAAGACUGAGGGUGCUGAGGUGCUUAUGUACCUGGAGCGCCUCCAACACCUGGUUCCCCUCUGUCCCAAGGAUCGUCCAGUCACAAAGCUAGAGCUGAUCCAGUCUGUUAUCGACUACAUCUACGACUUGGAGGACGCCCUGGGCACCAGUGACGAUGACUCCUCUUCCGAGGAGGACAUGGACUUCGUUGAGAGUUCCUGAGAAGGGACGCAGACCUCGUCGCCUCCGCUGUGUUUCCGGGAGCGACGAAACAGCGUCCAGUCAGUUGGGGCGCUAGGGUAGUGAACAAUUGCUGCCGGAGUGAAGCAGUGUGAUAGACACUUGGCACACUCUCAUGGCACUCCCUUCCCGCGCCCCUGCCACGUAAAGUGCCAUCUUGACCUCAUCUAGCCUCGUUCACCUCACACUUGCAACCAGCACCGUACACGCCCACCUGCCAACCCUUGCU